CUCGGUGGCCGGCGGGCUCGCGUCCUGGCUCCGGCAGCGUCGAGGGGCGCUCUUCGGCCAGCCCUCCCGGCUCAGGGAUUCCCUUCCGAGGCGCCCGCGCCCCCGGGCUCCCCGCCUCGGCCACCCCGCGGCCCCGAUGCCGAGGCAUGGAUAGAGCGGCGCUGCGCGCGGCGGCGAUGGGUGAGAAGAAGGAGGGCGGCGGCGGUGGGGACGCGGCGGCCGCGGAUGGGGGCGCCGGGGCCGCGGCCAGCCGGGCGCUGCAGCAGUGCGGGCAGCUCCAGAAGCUCAUCGACAUCUCCAUCGGCAGCCUGCGCGGGCUGCGCACGAAGUGCGCCGUGUCCAACGACCUCACGCAGCAGGAGAUCCGGACCCUGGAGGCAAAGCUGGUCCGGUACAUCUGCAAGCAGCGGCAGUGCAAGCUGAGCGUGGCUCCCAGCGAGAGGACCCCGGAGCUCAACAGCUACCCUCACUUCAGCGACUGGCUGUACACCUUUAACGUGAGGCCGGAGGUGGUACAGGAGAUCCUCUGCGAGCUCACGCUGGAUGCCCUGCUGGACAUGAACGAGGCUAAGGUGAAGGAGACGCUGCGGCGCUGCGGGGCCGGCGCUGAGGAGUGUGGCCGGCUGCAGUACGCCCUCACCUGCCUGCGGAAGGUGACAGGCCUGGGCGGGGAGCGCAAAGAGGACCCGGGCUGGAGUCCGUCGGAUGCCCGACGGGAAAGUGGCUCCGGGCCUCCCGUGGACAGCCUCUCGUCAGCCAGCCUGCCCUGGCCCCCAGGGAGCUCCCAGCUGGGCAGAGGGGGCAGCGGUGCCCAGGGCCCACGCUCCGUCUCCGUGUCCGCCCCGCCCACCUCGGACUCCCCAAACCCCGGCCCCGGCGAGGGCGUCGCGGAGCCCUGUAUCUCCCUGCACACCGGCGGCCGGCUGGCGGCCCGCGCUCUGCCCAGCUUCAUAACCCCGCCGACCACGCCCCAGCUCCGGCGGCACACCAAGCUGAAGCCGCCCAGGACGCCGCCCCCGCCCAGCCGCAAGGUCUUCCAGCUGCUGCCCAGCUUCCCCACGCUCACCCGGAGCAAGUCCCACGAGUCUCAGCUGGGGAACCGCAUCGACGAGGUCUCCCCGAUGAGGUUUGAUCUCCCGCAUGGAUCCCCACAGAUGGUACGAAGGGACAUCGGGCUCUCGGUGACACACAGGUUCUCCACCAAGUCCUGGCUGUCGCAGGUCUGCCACGUGUGCCAGAAGAGCAUGAUGUUCGGAGUGAAGUGCAAGCAUUGCAGGUUGAAGUGUCAUAACAAGUGUACAAAAGAAGCCCCUGCCUGUAGAAUAUCCUUCCUUCCACUACCCAGGCUUCGGAGGACAGAAUCUGUCCCGUCGGACAUCAACAAUCCGGUGGACAGAGCAGCUGAGCCCCAUUUCGGAACCCUCCCCAAAGCACUGACAAAAAAGGAGCAUCCUCUGGCCAUGAACCACCUGGACUCCAGCAGCAACCCGUCCUCCACCACGUCCUCCACGCCCUCCUCGCCUGCGCCCUUCCCGACGUCAUCCAACCCCCCCAGUGCCACCACGCCCCCCAACCCCUCGCCCGGCCAGAGGGACGGCAGGUUCAACUUCCCAGCUGCCUACUACAUUCAUCAUAGACAGCAGUUUAUCUUCCCAGACAUCUCGGCAUUUCCUCAGGCAGUCCCAUUCGCCGAGGCGGACAGUUCCCGGCUUGAGAACCAGCCCAAAGCAGAUGUGUCCGAGGAUCACGAAGCGGAGGCCGAGGAGCCCGAGGCCGGCAAGUCAGAGGUCGAAGACGACGAGGACGAGGUAGACGACUUGCCGAGCUCCCGCCGGCCCUGGCGAGGCCCCGUCUCUCGCAAGGCCAGCCAGACCAGCGUGUACCUGCAGGAGUGGGACAUCCCCUUCGAGCAGGUAGAGCUGGGCGAGCCCAUCGGGCAGGGCCGCUGGGGCCGGGUGCACCGCGGCCGCUGGCACGGCGAGGUGGCCAUCCGCCUGCUGGAGAUGGACGGCCACAACCAGGACCACCUGAAGCUGUUCAAAAAGGAGGUGAUGAACUACCGGCAGACGCGGCACGAGAACGUGGUGCUCUUCAUGGGGGCCUGCAUGAACCCGCCGCACCUGGCCAUCAUCACCAGCUUCUGCAAGGGACGGACGUUGCACUCGUUUGUGAGGGACCCCAAGACAUCUGUGGACAUCAACAAGACCAGGCAGAUCGCCCAGGAGAUCAUUAAGGGAAUGGGGUAUCUCCAUGCCAAGGGCAUCGUGCACAAGGAUCUCAAAUCCAAGAAUGUCUUCUACGACAAUGGCAAGGUGGUCAUCACAGACUUCGGGCUGUUCGGGAUCUCAGGCGUGGUCCGAGAGGGACGGCGUGAGAACCAGCUGAAGCUGUCACACGACUGGCUGUGCUACCUGGCCCCCGAGAUUGUGAGGGAGAUGACCCCCGGGAAGGACGAGGACCAGCUGCCCUUCUCCAAAGCGGCUGACGUCUAUGCAUUUGGGACCGUUUGGUAUGAGCUGCAAGCCAGAGACUGGCCCUUGAAGAACCAAGCUGCGGAGGCCCUGAUCUGGCAGAUUGGAAGCGGAGAGGGAAUGAAGCGAGUCCUGGCCUCCGUCAGCCUGGGGAAGGAAGUCACCGAGAUCCUGUCCGCCUGCUGGGCCUUCGACCUGCAGGAGAGGCCCAGCUUCCCGCUGCUGAUGGACAUGCUGGAGAAGCUGCCCAAGCUGAACCGGAGGCUCUCGCACCCCGGGCACUUCUGGAAGUCUGCCGAGCGCUGGCGGAGCCGCUACUACGGGAAAGGACGUUACGGUCACCCUGACUUUAAGAACAACUGUCCAGUCCUGGAGGAAUAUAUUAACAGCGGCAAAGUUGUACCCCGGUUUGAAAGGUUUGGCUUGGGCGUCCUGGAGUCCAGUAAUCCAAAGAUGUAGCCAGCUCUGCCGUUUUUCUGACAUUGUAUUUCUUUCUUAAAUGGGUUUCUAAAACAUCCGAACAACCAUCGCAACAAAAAAACAACACUCUUCAAAACGCCAGCCAUCCUCCUGAGUGCUGCAAACCAGGAACACAAGUCCUCGGUUUAGACUGUUCGUCCAUAAAAACACUCGGGUCCCGGAGAUGGAGCCACGCCUGCUGUUUCUUAAAAUGACAUCACCCACAAC